GCUGUGACGUUAUCCCGGUAUGUGAUCUGGCAUUAUCCGCAGCGCUAUGUUUGUGGACUGAACCUGACGUGUUUGUGGGUUUGUUGUCAACUCUGGAAGAGCAAAUUCUGAAUUUAAGAUGAUGGCUGAAGACUCGUUGGACGUGAUGGUGGUCGGCUCCUGCAUGACUGAUUUGGUGAGCCAGGUACCAAGACCACCCAGAGCAGGCGAGACUGUCCAUGGUCACAAGUUCUUCAUUGGCUUUGGAGGAAAAGGGGCAAAUCAGUGCGUGCAGGCUGCAAGACUCGGAGCAAGAACUGCAAUGGUCUGCAAGGUUGGGAAAGAUUUCUUUGGAGACAGUUACAUCCAGAAUUUUAAGGACAACAACAUUCAUACAGGUUUUGUCAGGCAAACCUGUGAUGCAGCCACAGGAGCUGCCUCAAUAACAGUCAGCGAUACAGGUGAGAACACCAUUGUGGUUGUGGCCGGUGCUAACAUGCUGCUGAGCACAGAGGAGCUGCAGGAUGCUCUUCCAGCCCUCAGACAUGCAAAAGUGCUUGUGUGCCAGCUGGAGAUUAGCACAGAGACGUCUCUGAAGGCACUGCGCAUGGCUCACGAACACAAAGUGAAGACAAUUUUCAACGCGGCACCAGCCAUUCUUGACUUGGAUCCAGAUUUCUACAGAGUGUCUGAUGUGUUUUGCUGUAAUGAGUCUGAGGCUGAGCUGCUGACUGGUUCCUCAGUAACUAGUGUGGACGAAGCUCUCCGGGCCGGUCAGGAGCUGCUGAUGCGAGGCUGCAGCUCGGUCAUCAUCACUUUGGGACCCCAAGGCUGCGUGGUGUUCGAGAGACAGAAGUCUUUCUCUAAACAUAUUCCAACUACUGCAAUUACACCAGUGGACACAACGGGUGCUGGAGACAGCUUCAUUGGAGCAUUGGCGUUUUACAUGGCUUGUUUUCCCAUGAUGCCUCUGGAGGAGAUGGCCAGGAGAGCAAAUGAAAUUGCAGGAGUCACGGUGCAGGCCCUGGGCACGCAGACGUCUUUCCCCUUUAAGUGCGACCUGCCGGCUGAACUGUUCUGAGAGCAGCUACAGCUAAUCAGCCGAUAUAUAAACACUUAAAUAAUUCUUGUCAUUUGAUUGGUGGACUUUAUGUCACAUGACAUUGAUUAUUUGUCCGAAUGUAGAGGAAAAAACUCCAUUGUAUGAUUGACAUUUUUGUGCAUUUUGGUUUUGUACUUUUCAACUGAAUUACUCAAUGAUCUUUUCUUAAAAAUGCACCCAUGAUACAAGGAUGUUACCUCUAGCAAGUGGGCUUUUGCUGGACUACGAUCUAUUUAGGUGUCAUA